AUGUUGAUAGAAGUCGGUGUGUCGACUAUGCGAUCAGUGGUAUUUCUUGCUAUUCUGGGAAUGACCUACAGUCAGAAAGGAAUAUAUCUGGAUGAAAAAGUCAAAAAUUUGCAGGACUGGAUGUACAGAAGACCGCUUAUUAAUUUAAAUGCGGACCGAUGGAAGACAUACGUACGAAGUGCGCCACGUAAUUACUCUAUGGUUGUGAUGUUUACGGCGCUUUCUCCAAAUGUUAAUUGUGCAAUAUGCAAAUCCGCAUAUGAUGAAUUUUAUAUACUGGCUAAUUCGUAUCGUUACGCAUAUCCUGAACUGAAAGCUCUUUAUUUCGCAAUUAUUGAUUAUAAUGAAUCUCCGGAAAUCUUCCAGCAAAUGAAUCUUAAUGUUGCUCCAGUACUUUUACAUUUUCCGUCAAAGGGUACCAAAAAAAGAACUGAUCAAAUGGAUUUUGAACGGCAAGGUUUUGACGCUGACAGUAUGGCAAAAUUUGUCUUUGAACGAACAGAUAUACAAAUUCGUAUUCUUCGUCCACCGAACUACGCAGCACCAGCGGUUAUUUUAUUAUUAGCAAUGCUUGUGUUAGGAUUAUUAUAUAUGCGCAGAAAUAAUCUCGACUUCUUAUACAAUCGUACAAGUUGGGCGUUAAUUUGUCUCUGCAUUGUAUUUGCGUUCAUGAGCGGACAGAUGUGGAAUCAUAUUCAUGGACCUCCAUUUGUUAUGACUAAUUCGCACACUCGUGAAACAAGUUUCAUCCAUGGUUCCACUCAGUAUCAGCUGGUGGCAGAAACGUAUUUGGUUGCGAUAUUAUAUGCUGCGAUAGCGGCGGGUUUCAUUCUGAUGAAUGAUGCAGCAGACGGCAAAGGUGAUUCUGGACGACGGCGGAUUAUGGUAUUUGUUGGUCUUGGAUUAGUGGUAAUAUUCUUUAGCUUACUGCUUUCCAUAUUUCGAAGUAAAUAUCAGGGAUAUCCGUAUAGCUUCUUGUUUCAUUAA